AUGCUUGAGCGGUUUGUGGAGCUGCAGUUGACGUUGCAGAGGUUUUUCUUUUAUCUUGGUACUCCGGAUGGAAAAAAGGAGUUUGAUGAUCGUUCAACAAAGAAAUUGAAGCUACCCACGUCAGCGCAGUGGUUCACUAUCCAAUGUCUCGUCGAGCUCUUAGCCCCUUUCAGCGUUGCAUCGGAUCAACUCGGAGCUGAGUCAUAUCCAACUUUGGUGUCGCUGUAUUUCAUCAUUUCGUCCCUCAAAGCAGUGCUGAAAAACUCCGGUAUGUUUGAUGAGCUAUAUAAAACGGUGCAAGCGGAGUCGUAUGCACCAAAAGUGCUAUCCAAGAUGCAAUCAGUCCGCAAAAGUUUUCUGGCCCUAAUGGAGGAACGCUUUGACUCCCGCACAGAAGCUGAAAUCAUCUGGAUUGCGCUAUUGAAUCCCUACACGACCAACUCGAGACUUUUCGCAGCAGAGGGAUUCAAUAAAGCAAAGGAUAGAUUGCUGGCCGAGAUGCUUAUUAGGGAUUGCGAGCGUGAGCUUGAGAAAUAUAUCGAGCGUUCAAGCGAAGCCAAAGCGAACAAGAAAGACAAAACUCCGCCGUCCCCACUAUUAUGGUGGAAAGAGCACCAUUCGGAGUUUCGGACUUUGGCACCGCUUGCGCGUAAGUGGUUGGGAUGUACUGCCUCUUCGGUACCCUCAGAGCGUGCUUUCUCGACUGCUGGCAAUACCAUCACUAAGCGACGGGGUGCUCUCAAUGCUGAUACAGUUCGCGAUUUGAUUUUCAUGGCUCAAAACUCGACGCGCUCUUAA